AUGAUUUCAAAUUUCAAGCCUGAUAUGAUGAUGAAAUAUGAAGUGAGUGAUUUGGGAAUCAUGCAUUAUUUUCUGGGAAUUGAAAUAGUUCAAUCAGUGGAGGGAAUCUUCAUUACACAAAAAAAAUAUGCAAAGACAAUUCUAAAGAAGUUCAAAAUGCUUGGUUGCAAAUCUGUCGCAACACCUCUAGUUGUCAAUGAAAAUUUUCAAAAAGAAGAUGGAAGUGGUAGUGCAAAUGAGAGUAUAUACAGAAGUUUAGUGGGAAGUUUGCUUUACUUGACAGCAACAAGGCCUGACCUUAUGUAUGCUGCAAGCCUGUUAUCCAGAUUUAUGCACAAGCCAACCAAAGUACACUAUGGAGCUGCAAAGAGGAUCCUAAGAUACAUUCAAGGUACAAUUGAGUUUGGAAUCAUGUAUGAGAGGAAUGUGGAACCAAAACUCUUUGGUUUCUGUGAUAGUGAUUGGGGAGGCAGUGUAGAUGACUUGAAAAGCACAUCUGGGUAUACUUUCAUAUUGGGAACUGGUGUAUUCUAUUGGGCUUCAAAGAAGCAAAAAUCAGUGGCCUUAUCUACAGCUGAAGCUGAGUAUGUGUUUGCAUCUAUAGCUAUUUCGCAAGCAAUUUGGCUCAAAAGAGUCAUUGAAGAUUUUGGUGAAAAACAAAAUCUGCAACAACCAUUCUCUGCGACAACAAGUCUGCAAUUGCCCUGA